UACUCAUCCUCAUCUGUACACCUUUGGCCUGCCUAUUCUGCUCGGAACUGCCGCUUGAUCUCUGGCAUUGCGUAUAGGACGUUUGACGGCCAACCCAACGACUCUCUGUGCUUGGUCUCACAGUACACUCGUCGACUCACUCACAUCAAGGUUCGCCCAUCAUGUCGAUUAUGGAGUACAACGGAGGUUCAGUGGUGGCCAUGAGGGGAAAGAAUUGCGUGGCCAUCGCUUCUGAUCUGCGCAUCGGACAACAAGCUCUCACCCUGGCUUGCAACCAUGACAAGGUGUUUCCGAUUACUCAGAGGUGUUACAUUGGCAUGCCAGGAUUGGCUAGCGAUACCGAGACGCUGAGGCAGAGAUUCAGAUACCGCACUAGCAUGUACCAGCUGAAGGAAGAGAGGGAGAUCGAGCCAGAGACAUUUGCCCAUCUGGUCAGCUCAACUCUGUACGAGAAGCGGUUCGGACCUUACUUCAUCGAGCCCGUGAUUGCAGGUCUCUCAGGCCCAGACUCCAAGACACCCAAUGAGCCUUUCAUCGCAGCUGCGGAUCUCAUUGGAUGCUUGAACUUCGCAAAGGACUUUGUAGUUGCGGGUACUGCUUCGGACAAGCUCUUUGGUAUGGCCGAAGGUCUGUGGGAGGAGGACUUGGAACCUGACGAGCUGUUCGAGACUAUCUCUCAAACAUUGCUGGGCGCGCUAGAGAGGGACGCUCUGUCGGGCUGGGGAGCCAUCGUAAGAGUGAUCACCCCCGACAAGGUCAUUGAGAGGACUUUGAGAGCCAGGAUGGACUAAGUGGGAUGUCUCCAGAGCUCGAGACGAGAGGGCAAGACCAGCAUCUUCUCGUUCGAGCUGGAGAAUAGAAAUACGAUGCUCAUCAUGAUCCCUCAUCACUUGAUCAUCGCUGUCUGAUCAGCAGUCUCUCCAAG